CUCCUCGCGGACACGCCCUCCGCUCGGCUGGCGCCGGUGCCUUUAAGACCUCAGCGCGCGGCCCUGAUUGAGAAAUCCGCGCGCAGCCUCCGCCGCCGCGCACUGCGGUCUCUGCUGAACCCCUGCCGCGCCGCCGCCCUCGCCAGCCCGGACCGGACCAGCCCGCGUUCCCUUCCUCGGCUUCAGCCGGCCUCCGGCCCCGCAACCUCCUCCUCGGCGAAGUCUCCCUGGCCGCCCCAUGUCGGCCGCCCCCGCCUACAGCGAAGACAAGGGCGGCUCCGCUGGCCCCGGGGAGCCGGAGUACGGCCACGACCCCGCGAGCGGCGGCAUCUUCUCCUCCGACUACAAGCGGCAUGAUGACCUGAAGGAGAUGCUGGACACCAACAAGGAUUCUCUGAAGCUGGAGGCCAUGAAGAGGAUUGUGGCGAUGAUUGCCCGAGGAAAGAAUGCUUCAGACCUGUUUCCUGCGGUGGUGAAGAACGUGGCCUGUAAGAACAUAGAGGUGAAGAAGCUUGUCUACGUGUACCUGGUACGCUACGCUGAGGAGCAGCAAGACCUGGCCCUGCUGUCCAUCUCCACCUUUCAACGUGGCCUAAAGGACCCCAACCAGCUCAUUCGUGCCAGUGCCCUCCGUGUCCUCUCUAGCAUCCGUGUGCCCAUCAUAGUGCCCAUCAUGAUGCUAGCUAUCAAGGAAGCCGCCUCGGACAUGUCACCCUAUGUGCGGAAAACAGCUGCCCACGCCAUCCCUAAACUGUACAGUUUGGACUCUGACCAGAAGGAUCAGCUGAUAGAAGUCAUUGAGAAGCUUCUGGCUGACAAGACUACGCUGGUGGCGGGCAGCGUGGUGAUGGCCUUCGAGGAGGUGUGCCCGGAGCGCAUCGACCUGAUUCACAAAAACUACCGGAAACUCUGUAACCUGCUGAUCGACGUGGAGGAGUGGGGCCAGGUGGUCAUCAUCAGCAUGCUCACCCGCUACGCCCGCACGCAGUUCCUGAGCCCCACCCAGAACGAAUCCCUGCUAGAGGAGAACGCGGAAAAAGCCUUCUACGGCUCAGAUGAGGACGAGGCCAAGGGCGCGGGGUCUGAGGAGACGGCCGCCGCGGCCCUCCCCGCCCGAAAGCCCUAUGUCAUGGAUCCCGACCACCGGCUGCUGCUGCGCAACACCAAACCCCUGCUGCAGAGCCGCAGCGCCGCGGUGGUCAUGGCGGUGGCGCAGCUCUACUUCCACCUGGCGCCCAAGGCGGAGGUGGGCGUCAUCGCCAAGGCGCUAGUGCGCCUGCUGCGCAGCCACAGUGAGGUGCAGUACGUUGUGCUCCAGAACGUGGCCACCAUGUCCAUCAAGCGCCGGGGUAUGUUUGAGCCCUACCUGAAGAGCUUCUACAUCAGGUCCACCGACCCCACUCAGAUCAAGAUCCUGAAGCUGGAAGUGCUGACCAACCUGGCCAAUGAGACCAACAUUCCUACUGUCCUACGGGAAUUCCAGACCUAUAUUCGCAGCAUGGACAAGGACUUUGUGGCAGCCACAAUCCAGGCCAUUGGACGCUGUGCAACUAACAUCGGCCGAGUCCGUGACACCUGCCUCAAUGGCCUGGUGCAGCUGCUGUCCAACCGUGAUGAGCUUGUGGUUGCAGAGUCAGUGGUCGUCAUUAAGAAAUUGCUACAGAUGCAGCCAGCACAACAUGGAGAGAUCAUCAAACACUUGGCAAAGCUUACAGACAACAUCCAGGUGCCCAUGGCCCGAGCCAGCAUCCUGUGGCUCAUCGGAGAGUACUGUGAGCAUGUCCCCAGGAUUGCACCUGAUGUCUUAAGAAAAAUGGCCAAGUCAUUCACCGCAGAGGAGGAUAUUGUCAAGCUGCAGGUUAUCAACCUGGCAGCCAAGCUCUACCUGACCAACUCUAAACAGACCAAGCUGCUGACCCAGUAUGUGCUGAGUCUGGCCAAAUAUGACCAGAACUAUGAUAUUCGCGACCGGGCGCGCUUCACCCGGCAGCUCAUCGUCCCUUCUGAGCAGGGUGGGGCCCUCAGCCGCCAUGCCAAGAAGCUCUUCCUGGCACCCAAACCAGCUCCAGUCUUGGAGUCAUCCUUCAAAGACCGGGACCACUUCCAGCUGGGCUCACUGUCCCACCUGCUCAAUGCCAAGGCCACAGGCUACCAGGAGCUCCCAGACUGGCCGGAGGAAGCCCCAGACCCAUCUGUGCGCAACGUGGAGGUACCUGAAUGGACCAAGUGCUCAAAUCGAGAGAAGAGAAAGGAGAAGGAAAAACCCUUCUACUCGGACUCUGAGGGGGAGUCAGGCCCCACGGAGUCCGCAGACAGUGACCCUGAGUCUGAGAGUGAAUCGGACAGUAAGAGCAGCAGCGAGAGCGGCUCUGGGGAGUCCAGCAGUGAGUCCGACAAUGAAGACCAGGAUGAGGAUGAGGAGAAAGGGAGAGGCAGUGAGAGUGAACAGAGCGAGGAGGAUGGUAAGAGGAAGACAAAGAAGAAGGUGCCAGAGGGAAAAGGAGAAGCGUCAUCCUCUGAUGAGGGCAGCGAUUCCAGCAGUAGCUCAUCAGAGUCCGAGAUGACAUCGGAGUCCGAGGAGGAGCAGUUGGAACCUGCUUCCUGGAGGAGGAAAACACCUCCCAGCAGCAAAAGUGCCCCUGCAACCAAGGAGAUCUCCCUACUUGAUCUAGAGGACUUCACCCCUCCCAGUGUCCAGCCUGUGUCUCCCCCAGCAAUUGUGUCUACCAGUCUGGCUGCUGACCUGGAGGGCCUGACACUCACAGACUCCACCCUGGUACCGUCGCUUCUGAGUCCAGUGUCGGGUGUUGGGCGGCAGGAGCUGCUGCACCGGGUAGCUGGCGAGGGGCUGGCUGUGGACUACACCUUCAGCCGCCAACCUUUCUCCGGGGACCCCCACAUGGUGUCUGUGCACAUCCACUUCUCCAACAGCUCUGAUACCCCCAUCAAGGGCCUGCAUGUGGGCACUCCCAAACUGCCUGCUGGCAUCAGCAUCCAAGAAUUUCCCGAAAUUGAGUCCCUGGCACCUGGAGAAUCUGCCACUGCUGUAAUGGGCAUUAAUUUCUGUGACUCAACCCAGGCAGCCAACUUCCAGCUGUGCACCCAGACCCGACAGUUCUACGUCUCCAUUCAGCCACCUGUUGGGGAGCUGAUGGCCCCUGUGUUCAUGAGUGAAAAUGAGUUUAAGAAGGAACAGGGAAAGCUGAUGGGCAUGAAUGAGAUCACAGAGAAGCUCAUGCUGCCAGACACCUGUCAGAGUGACCACAUUGUGGUGCAGAAAGUGACUGCCACUGCCAACCUGGGUCGUGUUCCUUGUGGGACAUCUGAUGAGUACAGGUUUGCAGGGAGGACACUGACUGGUGGAAGCCUCGUUCUGCUGACCCUGGAUGCCCGGCCAGCUGGAGCUGCCCAGCUGACCGUCAACAGCGAGAAAAUGGUGAUUGGCACCAUGCUGGUAAAGGAUGUGAUACAGGCUCUGACCCAGUGACUUCCAGAUGCUGUGGAAGACCUCUUUGGCUCCCAUCUAUACCUCCCCAUGACAUCUGGGCUGUCAGUCCCUCUCAUCUUUCUCUCUCAUCAUCCUCCUUAUGCCAGAUAGCAUUCAGGGUGUCCUCUCUCCCUCUGGAGGACCAACCCUCCCCUAAUCCCCUCCCCAUGGGUUCCUUAGUGAUCUGUGCAGAGGGAGAUGGCAGCCACUUCCUUCAGUCCUUCCAGAUUUCUGUAGCUAUUUAUGUAGCAGGCUCAAUAAAAUGUCUUCUCUCUA